AUGCCUGACAUUUCGUCUGCGGUGUCGUUAGGGAGCGCAUCUGACAUCCUUCUUCAACUUCCCAUCGGACACGAAGAAUGCCAUUCCCUUAUUAAGGCACGGGCAGGAGCACCUCUACAUGUGCCUGCUUUGCACCUCAGUACAAUUCAUCACAGAUGCGGUCCUAGUCUAGAUACGAAGGCGGAAUUCCGCGAAAGUCUUUUGAAGGGUUUGCGCCAGCAUUGGCAAGACCCGUCAACCGAAUCUCGCUUCUUGCAGCUGUCCCGGGAGCUUGACAGGAAUGGCGCAAUACUUUACGGGGGACUGAUCGACACGGAGAAGUUCAAGAGUCUGAUCGAAAAUUACACCAAGGCUCAGGGAGUUACCGGAAACCAAACCUUCCUGCACUCGUAUGUGAACUUUGCCGACCAUGCGGACUUCCUGACCGAUUCCCGGUAUAAUGAUGCAUUCGCACAUCCAUUACUCGUUGCCUUGAUUUCCUACCAAAUGGGAGGGGCUCUCAGGCUGAAUGAUGUUCGAGGCAAGGACACAGACCCUAUCUCGGUAAAUGCACAAGACAACAUGUUGCACAUCGACAAUACACCUUUCCGCGAUGAAUACAAAAUCUUACUUUGCUGGAAGCGAGAUGAGCCUGUCGGACCCUCAGGCCAGAAUUUUACAUUUUUGCCUGGGACGCACAAAGGAAAUCGCGAUAUUCUGCUCGACCAGGAUGGAGAACCCUGGUCGACAGAGCGUGACAGCUUAUUUGUGUCCAAUGCGGCUAUUGAUGGCAUCCUCUCAUUUCAAAAAGAGCAAGUUGGCAGGCCGUCUAUGGUUGUUGAAACGGUUGUACCAGAUGUCCCAGUGAGUGUAGCCUUCGCGGCAGGCGCGCUGGUUCAUCAUCGUUACCGUACCGAAACUGGUGACCCAAGAAGCUGUGUUAUCUGUGCAUUUCAUGUUGCUAGCGAUAACCCAGGGUCUUUGAUCACCACACGCGGUCAAGGCUACAAGCCCGAGUCUCUAGUGGACUUGAUGAUAGGCCCGCAGAGUCAGCAUACGGAGCUCGACUUCCUUUCUAUGCUGUUCCGUGAUGCCUGCAAAAUUGAAACCAAGAUCAAUGACUUGGAGAGCCAUAAUCAUGUCAGCCAAGUGAUUGAUAUUCAGUCUCUGGCUCUGAAAGAUGACGCACUGGCUCGAUGGAGAGAAUCUGUGGUGUUUGCCCCAAGUGCGUCCACUAUCAAAUUCUCGAGAAACAUUUAUCUCUCAUCUGCAUAUCCUCUCAAUCAGGACGAUUUCAUCAAUAAUCUUGCAACUGUCAUGGCGUACGACAAACACGGCCUGUUACAACUAAUCUUGUAUCAGGAUGGACGAGAGGAAAUCCGUAAAGUAUCUCGCAAGACAAUCGGAGAAAUGACACAAAAUACAUUAGCGAAGCGACUUUACGCCUGGGCGCACGUCUUUGACCGACAAAACUUUGUGGUCGCCGAUCUUCCCCUGCCAAGUGAGCUAAGGGAUAUGGCAGAUGUCGUCGGCGAUUUAGCAAAGUAUAGGCUCCAAGAGUUUGAGGCCAACAAAACAUGUACCGGCGAGAGAGCUAAGGUUGUCAUGCUUAAAUCGCUUUGUCGCCUGAUUUUUGAUUUGGGAGAGGCGAUCACUCGUUGUGAAAAGAUGGAAACUUUUGUGUCCACCAGUUUGUUCCUGUUCUGGACGACAGAGCACAUCGUCACCUAUUUUCAAGGAGAGCGAAAAAGGUGGGCGAGGUAUGUUGCUGGAAUCUUUCUUCGCAACUAUGUCUCCGCUGUUAUGUUGCUGGAGCAGAUGUAG